AUGAAACGUACUACUUUUCAAUUUAUUUGUGAUGAGCUGCGAUCAGAACUUUGUCCUGCUACUCCAUUUUUGGUUUCUAGAGAACCAUUGAGUGUGGAACUAAAAGUGGCUGUAACAUUAUAUUAUUUAGCAAGUUGCUGCGAAUAUCGUGUAGUUGCUAACAUUUUCGGGAUUCAUAAAACAUCUGUAUGGAGAUGCCUUCAUAAUACAGUUGAUGCUAUUAACAAAAUACUUUUGCCAAAGUUUCUAAAAAUGCCUGAUGUUAAUGAAUGUGCGAUUGAUGGUACUCACAUCCCUAUUCUACCACCUGCAGAUGGUUAUAAAGAUUAUAUCAACCGCAAAGGAUGGCCAUCUAUUAUACUUCAAGCGGUAGUAGAUAAUAACUUGAGGUUUAUGAAUGUCAACUGUCAAGCUCCUGGAUCUUGUCAUGAUGCAGCUAUAUUUAAAACAUCUAUGCUGUAUAAAGAAGUAGAACGGAUCAUUCCAAGGAAAACGAAGUUAGUUAAUGGUGUUGAAAUACCAUAUUUUUUGAUUGGAGAUCCAGCAUAUCCAUUACUACCUUGGCUAAUGAAAGGAUAUACAAAAGUUACACGUUUAACUCCACAAGAGGAAUCAUUUAAUGUUUAUUUGAAUAGUAACAGAGUAGAUAUUGAAAGAGCGUUUGGAC